CCCCCUCCCUUAUAUAUUACUUUUUUAUUGAAACCUCCUCUCCAAUUCAAUUCCUUUUCUCUCCACCCCAAAAAAAAAAAAAUCCUCUCUCCUUGUUCUCCCAUUCCUCCAUUCCUAGGGUUUCUCUCAUCUCCACCUUCGCUCUCUCCAGGUUUCCUAUGCAUAAUCUAGAUGUUGCCGAGCAAUUCCAAAUCUGUAAUCUGGGAGAAGCACUAUAUUUGAUGUAAAAAAAAUUUUAAGACCAUGAUGGUCGAUUUAGGCAUCUCACUUGCAAGAUUUGUGACCAGCUCGGACAGUUAUGGUCCAUUUCUUCUGGGAUGGCUGGUCACCGGUUCAUUUGGUCUUCUAGCUAUCAUCUUUGCAUUUCUUAAAUGGGAGAGAAGGACAUCUCUGGAUUGGGUUAAAGCUGCGGCUAGAGAAAAGAAGAAAGUCUGGAAGAAGCUAAGAGCUCCUCUGUCAACCCAUACAUGGAUAGAAGAUAUUACUAAUGGUGAACAGCCAUCUACAUGCUGUGUUUGCUUGACUUCCUUGGUGUUUCUUCAGAACCUAGGCACUAAAGCUUCAUCGCGCACUUCUGUCCAUCGUUGUGUAGUUUGUGGUGUGGCAGCUCAUUCUUAUUGUUCUGAUUUUGCAGUAAAAGAUUGCAAGUGUGUGGCACAAGCCGGUUCUACCCAUGUUCGACACCACUGGUCAGAAAAAUGGGUUAAUAUGGAUGAUAAUCCUGAGAUUUCUGCCUGCUGCUUCUAUUGCGAUGAGCCAUGUGGUGUUCCUUUCCUUGAUGCUUCUCCAACAUGGCAUUGUCUAUGGUGUCAGAACCUCAUACAUGUCAGAUGUCACAAUAAAAUGGCAAAAGAGUCUGGUGAUGUUUGUGAUCUUGGUACUCUUAGGAGGGUCAUCCUUUCUCCUUUAUGUGUAAAAGAAGUCGGUCACUUAAAUGGAGGUGGAGUGCUGCGUUCAAUAACAGAUGAGUUUAUAACUUCAUCUGUUCGUGGCCAGUUUAGAAGAAAGCGUCAUCGUUCUAAACAUGGUAGUGGUCAUUCAGCUAAUUGUAACCCAUCCAAUGAUGCUCUGGAGUAUCUGUUCAAUGGGCUUACUGGUAUGAAGAAAUCCCGUAGUGAGAAGAGUUUUGACCACUUGAAGGAUGGCAGGGCACUGAGCGUUAAGGGUAACCAUAAUGGCUUUAUGCAGAAAAAGGGUGGAAUCGUCACCUAUGGUCAAUUUAAGAAAUAUAAAGUGGUUAAUUUACCAAAGGAUGCAAGGCCUCUUUUGGUUUUUAUAAAUGCCAGGAGUGGAGGCCAAAAUGGGGCUUCUUUAAGGAGGAGGUUGAACAUGCAAUUGAAUCCUGCACAGGUUUUUGAAUUGAGUUCUUCUCAAGGGCCUGAGGUUGGUUUGGAAUUGUUCAAUGAUGUGCAAUACUUUAGAGUUUUGGUAUGUGGUGGAGAUGGCACUGUUGCAUGGGUCCUUGAUGCGAUUGAGAAGCACAAAUUCGAGUCACCCCCACCUGUUGCUAUUAUUCCCCUUGGCACAGGAAAUGAUUUGUCAAGGGUUCUGCAAUGGGGAAGAGGCUUCUCUAUCGUUGAUGGACAAGGUGGCUUAACCACGCUUUUACAUGACAUUAACCAUGCUGCAGUUACAAUGCUAGAUCGCUGGAAGGUAAACAUCAAAUCAGAAGCUGAUCCAAAUAAAGUGCAGUCCAAGUUUAUGAUGAACUAUUUAGGUAUUGGAUGUGAUGCGAAGGUUGCUUAUGAAUUUCAUGUGAUGAGAGAAAUAAAUCCUGAGAAGUUCAGUAGUCAGUUUGUGAAUAAACUGCGAUAUGCCAAAGAAGGUGCUAGAGAUAUAAUGGACCGAACUUGUGCCGACUUACCAUGGCAAGUUUGGCUUGAAGUUGAUGGGAAAGACAUAGAUAUUCCAAAGGAUUCUGAGGGUCUAAUCGUGCUCAACAUUGGCAGCUACAUGGGUGGGGUGGAUCUUUGGCAAAAUGAUAUUGAUCAUGAUGAUGACUUUAGUCUUCAGUCAAUGCAUGAUAAAAUGCUUGAAGUUGUAUGCAUAUGUGGAUCGUGGCACCUUGGCAAACUACAGGUUGGACUAUCACAAGCUAGGAGACUAGCCCAGGGGAAUAUCAUAAGAAUACAUGCAUCUAGUCCUUUUCCAGUCCAAAUAGAUGGGGAGCCAUAUAUACAACAACCUGGCUGUAUAGAGAUAACACAUCAUGGGCAGGUGUUUAUGUUGAGGAGGGCUUCAGAGGAGCCGAGAGGGCAUGCAGCUGCAAUCAUGACGGAGGUUUUAUUAGACGCCGAGUGUAAAGGCAUCAUUAAUGCAUCUCAGAAGAAAACACUUCUCCAGCAGAUGGCUCUCCAGCUUGCUUGAUCUCACGUUCAAAUUUUGUUCUCCUUUUCAAUUUUCUUCCACUUAUUUUUAGCUGAUCUUCUUGCCCCAUAUAUAUAUAUCGGCUGUUUCAGUUGUCUAUACACAUUGCUUAUUUGUAGAAGCAGUUUUUGUAAACCCCAUAGCGAGUGAGAAAGAGAGUUAGAUGAGAGCUUAUAAAUAGGAAAAUUUGUAGCGAUAUGAUAUUGGGUUCAACUCCCAUUUUUGUGCAAUCAAUUAUUAUCGGAUCACUCCAGUUUGGCUUUGUAAUGGGAAGCUCGACGUACAGCCAAUUCUGCAUUUGUACCUUCACUAGCUAGAGUCAAGCAAUUACGAGGGAAUAACAAGUCCCUAGCUAGAAGCAUCAAGUGGUGGAGAAAAAUUUGCAAGUUAACUAGAGAAACAUUCUGAAGCUGCAAGCCAAUCAUUAAAGAAACAAAAUGAGUAAGGUGAGUUAACGUUGCAAGAAUAUUUAGCAAGCUUAUUGAUCUUUCCAUAUGGUCGGAAAUAAGAAAAAUUCAAACCUGGAGAUUAUCAUAUUGGGGCUGAUUUCACUUUUGCACACGAGUGUACUGCACUAAAACAUUCUACACAAAAUUUGUCCAACACUAAUUUGUAAUGCUUUUGCAAAGCUUGUAUUUCGAAACUGGCCAAAUUCACCUAUCAGGGGACACAAUUGAUAAAUUUUAGGAUUAGAGCUCUGAAGAAACAUUAUUAACAUGGAUAUGUAACUCCAAUAUCAUCCAAGUUCCAUUUCCAAAGUUUGAUCUCUCUGCGGUGUACCUCAACAUAUGCUGUGCUGUACUAGUCGUUCCCGUUACAAUGGAAGUUAAUUCCAAAAGAUACGCUUUAAUGUUUUUCUUCUUCUUUGUUAGAUUUUUCUGCAAUUUCCUUUUGUUUUCUUUGCUAACAAGCUAUCACAAACUGAAGUGUAGCAAACGAAAUUUAAUAUAAUAGACUUCACCAAAUUAUAUGAUGUCUAUAAUACCAUUCAAAAUAAAUAUUGAAACACGUGCAAUGCAUGGUAAUACACGCUAGUAAUAUAUAACUCUGCGCGUAGAUGAUCGAUGUCAAUUAUUUAGUUUAAUUAGUUAAUGUAGUCAAAUUAUUUUUACAAAUUUGGUGUUAGCGAUUGAUGACACACCAAACUUCAACGUGGGAUCCCUCAUUCCCUUUCCACAUAUAGAUGAAACAUGUACAUACGCGACUUAGUCGUUGUAUAUUUUCUAUGCCUGGUCAAAGCAGCCAUGGAUAGUUACACAUGAAAGUGGACAGAAGCAUCGAUCUUAUAAGAUAUUAUGGUCCUCAAUUUCUAGAUUGUCUGCCCCGCAAGUUAAUCAACAAGCAGGUAUCUCUCUCCACCUCUAUAAAUUAGUGGGAAGCCCGGCCUAAUCAUCAAUCAAAUCCAUAUCUACCUCUCCGCUUUCAUCAGUAUUUUUCUCUUCUGCUAUAUCUUCGGCCUAUUCAUUUCAAUAGCACCUGCUCGAUCAAUCAGCGAAAAUAUUAAGAAACCACGCAGUACACAGUACCAAUUGAUGGCCAUUUUUUCAGCUCUUCUCGAGUGCUUCAUCCCUUCAUCAUCGUCACAGGUUUCCGAUGAUGCAGGAAAUGCUAGUAUUGCCAAAGCUCCUGAUUCCUCAAAGCAUUCCAGCAAAAGUAAAUCUUCGUCGAAAGCUCCCCUAGUAGUUUCUCACUUUCCCCAAAACUCAUACAUCUCUCGCCUGUGAUUGAUGCUAGUGAAAGAACUGAAUACCUGAAGAGUGUGUUUCUCUGAGUUGUCUGAGACUGUCGAUCGUUUUGUAUCGCCAUUUAUGUAUGGAAUAGUUUACUUCACAAGGCCAGCAGCUCGAGGCAGCUCUCUCAAUCACGAGCUGCUGGCCUUGUUCUGUCGCCUGUUGUAACUAUGUAAUUACAGAGUUUAUGGAUGGAACUGAAGCCUGAAGCUAGCCAUGAAGCCGGAAGACAAGAAUCACAGAUUGAGGAUUAUAGUUUAAUUUCAUUUAAUUGUUCUGUUUUCAAGUACUGUGUUUAUUAUAAAAUUUGGGUCUCAGAUUCUUUAAUGUAGCGAUAUUGUUGUUUCAUGAUC